GCUUUCCUUUCUACUGCCUUUAGAUAUUUUUCAUUGAUACAAAAUUGAGAACGCCAAACAACCUAAUCCUAUCCUAACUGAAACAAUGGACAAAAAUAUUUUAUUGUUACAGCGAUAAAUCCUUGAAGGACUAUCUUCUGUGCUAGCGGCAGCGAAGAAAAUUAAUUGUAAAAUCUGGAGCUUGUUUGAUUUUUCUCGUCGUUUGGGAACUAGGAAAAAUCGAUUCUGCACUGCGAAUUUGACUUGCUGCUAGCCCAGAAAGGCCCUGUAAGUUCAUUGGAUUCUUAGUUCUAGUUUUCUUGGUGAAUUUCGUUUGCAUUUUCAGGUUUAGCUGACCAAUGAGUAGGAAGUUAUUUUGCAAUAUAGAUGAAGCUAGGAAGUGUUUUUUUAUUCAGUUCAUGAUACGCUUUAACUUGGCUUUUGGGGGUCUGGUGGUGUGAAACUGUGGAUUGCUAUGGAAAUCGUAACUAUGGCAAAUGGACAAAUGGGUUUAUCUUGUUUCGAAAGGAAUGGAAAUUUCACUGGCAGUUAUAGCUGGAAACCAUAUUCUGCGUGUAGGUUUUGGAAUUCUCGGCGAUCCCUUUUUGGUUUUCCAUUAAACACAACGAGUAGGAAGAAGAUUAGAGUUUUGGGUUUUGGUAUAAGAAUUAAGGCUAUUUCAAAUGGAGAUUCGGAUAAUCGGUUGGUUGGGGCUGGACUUCUUGAGAAAGAGUUUGAAUUCAAGCCGUCCUUUGAUGAGUAUUUGAAAGCUAUGGAGUCUGUUAAAACUGCUAAGGAGAAGAAGAAAGCCCUCAAAUUAAGUGGGCAUAAGUUGAAGGAUGACUUAUCAUCAUUGGGGAAAACUGAGAAGAGUUUCAAAUUGAGGUGUAAUCAAGAAAAUAUGUCCAAAGUCAUGAAAAUUGAUGAGUUAGGGGACAAUGUUGAUGGAGCCAUUGGCCAAAGUGAUGUAAAUAAUGGUGAACAUGAUUACAAGGAAAGGACAGUUAUAGAAUCAAGUGUCAAAUUGGCCAGGAAAGAAAGCAGUGCAUAUACUAAUGUAAAGAGGAGGGAGGGAGGAAUGACAGGAGAUAGGCAGUGGUUGCGUAAUCAAACUUGUAGUACAAAUACUGAGUUGGAGGACUUGUAUCAAGGUAGGAGUCAGAACACUGAAAGUGUGCAAAAAAGCACUAUGGUAGUAGAUAGCAUUCAAAGGAGUAAAAGCACUAUUGGCAUAAAAGAAGAGGCUUCUUACGGUAAAAAUUUACCAGAAAUAUUAGAAAGGAAGGGGAAGACCAUUGAAAGAGAGGAAAUUGGUGCUAGAGGGAGUAAAAUAAGUGGUGGACUUGUGAGGAAUCAUGCACAAAUUGAUGAAAACACUUACAAGGAAAUUGUGCAGAAAAAAGGAUUUCCAAGUAGAAGCAAUCUGGCUUUCCUUAAUGAUGGUGGUGAUGAUGAUAUGGAAAUGGAAAGAGCUGCCUUCAAAAUUUUUGAGGAAUGCGAGGAUAUUACUCCUAGGCCACGAGCUUCAAAGAUGGAAAUGGAGGACAGAAUCCAGAAGCUAGCAAAGUGUCUAAAUGGUGCAGAUAUUGAUAUGCCUGAGUGGAUGUUCUCUAAGAUGAUGCGUAGCGCAAAAAUAAAGUACACAGAUCAUUCUGUAUUGAGGGUUAUCCAGAUAUUGGGUAAACUGGGAAAUUGGAGGCGAGUGCUACAAGUCAUUGAGUGGCUUCAAAUGCGUGAGCACUUUAAAUCUUAUAGGCUAAGAUACAUUUAUACAACUGCACUUAAUGUACUUGGGAAGGCACAGAGACCGGUGGAGGCCCUCAAUGUAUUUCAUGCAAUGCAGCAACAAAUGUCUUUGUAUCCUGACUUGGUAGCUUAUCAUUGUAUUGCUGUCACUCUUGGACAAGCAGGCCAUAUGGAGCAGCUUUUUGAUGUGAUUGAUAGCAUGCGAUCUCCUCCCAAGAAGAAAUUUAAAAUGGCUUUGAUUGAGAAAUGGGACCCUAGAUUGGAGCCAGAUAUAGUUGUCUUCAAUGCGGUCCUAAAUGCUUGUGUUCAGAGGAAACAAUGGGAAGGUGCAUUUUGGGUUUUACAGCAAUUAAAGCAACAGGGCCUACAACCUUCUACCGCAACUUAUGGACUAAUCAUGGAGGUUAUGUUUGCAUGUGGCAAGAACAACUUGGUUCAUGAGUUUUUUAGGAAGGUGCAGAAAUCAUCUAUUCCAAAUGCUAUAGUUUAUAAAGUUCUUGUGAAUACUCUAUGGAAAGAAGGUAGGACAGACGAGGCUGUAUUGGCUGUUCAAGACAUGGAAAGACGAGGAAUUGUGGGCUCUGCUGCUCUUUAUUAUGAUCUUGCUCGAUGUCUUUGCAGUGCUGGAAGGUGCCAAGAAGCACUAUUGCAGGUUGAUAAAAUAUCAAAGGUAGCUAAUAAGCCUCUUGUGGUAACCUACACUGGCUUAAUUCAAGCUUGCCUGGACUCUGGAAGCAUUCAAAAUGCUGUGUACAUCUUCAACCAUAUGAAGCAGUUUUGCUUUCCAAAUCUUGUUACUUGCAACAUAAUGCUGAAAGCAUAUAUUGACCAUGGAUUGUUUGAAGAAGCAAAGGGGCUUUUCCACAAAAUGUCAGAAGAUAGCAACCAUAUCAGGAGUAAAUCUGAUUACAAGUUUAGGGUAAUGCCAGAUAUCUAUACUUUUAACACCAUGCUAGAUGCAUGCAUUGCAGAGAAGAGUUGGGAUGAUUUUGAGCAUGUCUACAGAAGGAUGUUUCAGCAUGGGUACCACUUCAAUGCAAAACGUCAUCUUCGGAUGAUACUGGAAGCUUCAAGGGCUGGAAAGGGAGAACCGUUAGAAAUGACUUGGAAGCACAUGGCUCGGGCAGAUCGGACUCCUCCAUCUCCUCUCAUCAAAGAAAGAUUUUGUGUAAUGCUUGGUGAAGGCAACUCUGAUUCUGCUGUUGCCUGUAUUACCACUAAUCCUAUGGGAGAAUCGCAGGCAUUUUCAAAGAGAGCUUGGUUGAAUUUAUUCAAGGAAAAUGCUCAACGGUUUAGAAGGGAUACUCUGAUCCGACUGGUCCGUGAGUUGAGUGUGCUUGUUGCCAGAAGCAACCCACCAAAUCCUGUAUUGCAAAAUCUAUUAACAGCUUGUAAUGAUUUUCUAAAGACUCCUGUAAAAGUUCCUGAAGGCAACCUGGCAGAAAUCGUAUGUACAGUUCAAUCUUAAACGACUUCCAAAUCUUGAUGAAAUGAAUUUAUUCAUACUUCUCUAAUAUCAAAUUAUACACUUUCUCAGUGUCAUGUGUAACAUUUUCUCAUGGUUAUGAGAUCAAAAGGAACAAUGAUUUAUCUAAAUACAUCUUCUUCCCAAGUGUUUUGACCAA